AUGGGUUCUAGAUCAUGUAAAAAACGGUUUGCUGUUGAAUCAUUGAGUAAACAAAGUAUUGCUGAAUUGUGUGAAGAUACGGGUUUUACAGAAGAAGAACUUCGUAUAUGGCAUGCUAAUUUUCUAAAAGAUUGUCCAGAUGGUCAGUUGUCACUUAAACAAUUUGAACAUGAAUAUAAAAAAAUUAUGGGUACUCCAACAUCAAAAACUCAAGAAUAUGUUCGUCACAUGUUUAAUAUUUAUGAUCAAGAUAAAAAUCACUAUAUUGAUUUUCGAGAAUUUAUUAUGGCCUUAUCGGCGGCAUCCGUUGCCAAUCGUUUAAGAUUAGUUGAAACAUUAUUUUCUGUAUUUGAUCUUGAUGAAGACGGAAAAAUAACAAAAAAGGAAAUUGAAAAAGUAUUAAAUACACUUAUAGAUGUAACAGCUACAACACAUAAACAUCACUUUGAUAGUGAAGAUACACGAAUACAAAAAGCAAAUCUUAAACAUCGAAUUGAAGAAGCAUUCAAUGAAUUAAAUGCAAAUGAUGAUGAUCAUAUUACAAAAGAUGAAUUUAUAGAUUGGUAUAUGAGAUGUGGUUUAUUGGACGAAGCAAACAGCAACGUGAUAAACGUUGUUGAUUCUGAAGUAUUUCGUAUGGGUAAAAGAUCACGUAAAACAAAGAAAAAACAUCAUCCUGAAUUGUCAUCUCAUAGUAACGUUAAUAGUACUACAUUGAAUGAAAAUUCGGUAAUGCCAUCAAAAAAGACUCGUCAUCACUUCCAUAUGAUUGAACAUCAUGAGGAAAAAGUGAAUAAUGAUGAACAAGAAACAAAUGAUCAAAGUAUCAAUCAGAUAAAUGAAAAUAAUUUAUCACAGAAUGUAAAUGAUGAUGAUGAUGACGCAUCCUCAUCCACGAGUGGUAAUGAUCGAUGGCAAAAUUUACUUCAUGCCGUAUUAGAUCAAUUACGUUCUCAACGACUUGAACGAGAACAACAAGAUCAACAACGAGAAAACAAUAGCAGUUUUAGAAAUUGGAAACGAAUUGGUGAAGAAAGAAUGAAAAAUGAAUAUUUGAGACAAAAAUCAAGUCAAAAAGAAGAAGAAUCUCAACUUCAUUCACAUAAACAUAAAUCAAAACGAAAAUUGACAGAAGAUACACAAGAGUCAACAAAUGGAAUUAAAUGGCCAGUAAUAGAUAAUAAACAAAAACCAUUAUCAUCCGAUAUCAUCACUAUACGACUGUGA